AGAGAGGGAGCGAGAGGGAGAGAGGAGGGAGGAACAAUCACAGGCUUUUCCUCUGCUGGUCGUCUACUUUGUUGGCUCUUUCUGCUCGUGUGUAAACUGACUGGAACACACAGACGGGUCGCAGCUCGAGGUGUUUGGAUCCACUGAACUCUGAUUUAGUUCAGGCUGAAAGGCGAGAUCUUCUUCAUCGUCAUCAUCAUCAUCAUCAUCGUCAGUCAGUCAGCAGGAGAAACACGGUCAGUUUUCCAGGAGAGGAGAGCGGCGGUGAUCUCCCUUAGGUGUGAGAGUCCUCUCUGUCUGAACGUACCUGUGAAAUAUCAUGUGAUCAGCUCUCUGGGGAGGAGGGAGAGAAGGUGGAGGAGGUGGAGAAGUAGUCUGAGCUCUCUGGUCGAUGAGCUGUCGGCGCUGUACAGUUCAGUUCGGCUCAGUUCACAGAGUUUCUGCGGAUUUAAAGCCACGAACCUCAUCGCCUCACAGCACAUUGGAGGAGGAACAGACUGAUUUGAAAUCCAGCUGCCAGUUUGGGGAGAAAAUAAUGUGAAGUUUUUGAGCUCACAGGUUGCUGUGCUGGCUGCCAGUGUGAGCAGAGAGUCUCUCAGUCAGCUUUAAGUGGAGUGCGUUUGCUGCCCUGUCCGAAAGCACCAUCACAGAGAAAGAGCGAGACUGAGAGAGAGGGGGGGAGGAGUACAAAAAUGGCAUGGUGGUGUGUGGUGGCGCUCCUGUCGCUGCUGUGUGUCGGCCGCUCUCUCUCCAUUCAGCCGUAUGCCAACUUCUCCUCAGCCACCAUCAUCAACACAGUGGCUCAGGACCCGCACACUGGCCGCAUCUACCUGGGCGCGGUCAACGCCAUCUACCAGCUGGAUGCGCGGCUGCAGAAGGAGAGCAUGGCAGUGACGGGCCCGAAGAAGGACAACCCCUCUUGCACCCCGCCCAUCACCGCCACGUGCACAGAGGCGCGUGACAUGAACAACUACAACAAGCUCCUGCUGACCAACCCGAAAAACGGCUCACUGGUGGUGUGUGGCAGCAUCUACAGAGGCAUCUGCUCUCUUCUGAACCUCAGCCACGUGGAGCAGCAGAUCUACUACAGCGACAUGAAAGGAGAGAAAACCUACGUAGCCACCACGGAUGAAAACGUCUCCGUAGUAGGGAUAAUCUCCACCCUCAAAAAAGGAGACGAAUACCUGAGCGUCUUCAUAGUGGGCAAAGGCUAUGGCGGCUCAGACAGCUCCAAGCUCAUCAGCACGCGGCUGUUGCAGGUCCACGGCGACAUGGACAUGUUUGAGAAUGUGGUGGAGGCAUCCAUGGUGCAGGCCAGCCCUUUCGCUCUGCGCUACCAUCACGACUUCCACUACAUCUUCAAAGACAGUGGCUACAUCUACUUCUUGUUCACUCGCAUUCAUGGCACCACCAAUAUCACCAUGGUGGCGCGCCUGUGUGAGAAUGAUACCCAUUACUAUUCCUAUACAGAACUUCAGCUCAACUGCAGCGUCAGUCCUGCAGACAAUGACAGGAAAACCUACAACAAGGUGCGGGCAGCGUACCUAGCCACACCUGGGAGUGCUCUGGUGAAGAACCUCAGCUCCCCCAGCAUAUACGGUGCACUGAAUGCGAGCGAUAAGGUGCUGUUUGCAGUGUUCAGCCAGGAUGGGGACGCCUCGAAUUCAGCGCUCUGCAUGUACUCUCUUAGCAGCAUCAAUCUCAGACUGAAGGAAGUGAUUGAGUCCUGCUACAAAGGAGAGUCUACAUCUGUUUACUCACCUUACUCCUCCAAACCUGAGGCCAUUUGCACUACAAAGAGAGAGCAGGAGAAUAUAAUGGAAAUAUACCCAUGUGGAGAGGAAUUCCUGCCAUCCCCUCUGGCCAGUAAACCCGAGUACGCUCUGACGGUCAACCCCGUGUUCACCAGGAAGAGCAUGCUGACGGCCGUGGCUGUGGCCGUGGAGAACGAACACACGGUGGCCUUCCUGGGCACACGCCAGGGAGAAGUGUUCAAGGUGCAUCUGAGUACUAACUCUGAUGUGUAUAACAGGAUUCCAGGAGACAGUAGUGACGGCCAAGUACACAAAAACCUGUUUUUCGAUUCCAGCUUGGAUCAUAUCUACAUUACCACAAAAAAGAGGAUCACUAAAGUUCCUGUGCAAGCAUGCGGACAGAAGAAAAACUGUACAUCAUGUGUGAAUCAGCUGGAUCCAUACUGUGGCUGGUGUGUGCUGGAGGGCCGCUGCACCAGAAAGAAGGAUUGCAGUCGAGGAGGGGAGCAGAACGCCUGGUUGUGGAGCCCUAACCAGCAGUGUGUAACCAUCCAAGCUUUCGAUCCUCCCAACAUCAGCUGCAAGAAGACCCAGCAGGUGACCAUUUCUGUCAGUGCUCUGCCCAGCAUUGAGAGUGAUAAACUGGAGUGUGUAUUUGGCGAUACCCGUAGCGGCGCUGCGAUGAGUGGCAGCCAGGUCAUCUGUGCUCUUCCGAACCCGUCAAGCAUCCCACCCACACCUGAAACACAAGAUUACGUAGCAGUCCCUGUGAAGAUCAUGGUGAAUAAUGUCAUUGAGGUGGCAGCCAAUGAGUACAAGUUCUACAACUGUGCUGCAGUUGUGAAGAAAACAACAAACACACCGUGCAUAGACUGUGUGACCAGCCAGUGGGGCUGCCAGUGGAACACGCAGGAGCACUCCUGCAGUGAUAAGGACGACCCUGUGGACAGCCCUAACAUCAUCAAGAACAUGGAGCAUGAGAAGUGUCCUCAGUUUGGGAAUCUAGAGCCAGGGCUCAUUCCUGUGGGCUUCAAAAUCCCCAUCAGCUUUGAAGGCAAAAAUCUGGAGAACAUGGGAAAAACCUUCCAGAUUGGCACAGAGCUCAUGAAGCAGGUCAGCGAAGUGACCAAGGACGAAGAAAAGUUCGGUUUUGAGGGCUAUGAGUUUGCAUACGACAAAAAGCCAGAGGUGAACGUGUCGUUCUAUGUGAAGGAUAAGGAGACGGAGAAGAAGAUUGACAGCACGCUGCAGGUGGCGCUGUAUAAUUGUUCAGUGGGUCGUGCGGACUGCAGUCUGUGUAAGAAUGCAGAUAGGAAGUAUAACUGUGUGUGGUGUCAGACCACUAGCUCCUGCAUCUACAACCAGCUUUGUCCCAGCGAAGCUACGCAGUGCCCUGCACCCAGCAUCACAGACAUUGUGCCGCGGUACGGGCCAAUGAACGGCCAUAUCACGGUCACUAUAAAGGGCUCCAACCUGGGCAUUAAGAAGGAGGACAUCACAAGAAUCACUGUGGCUGGAGUGCUGUGUGCACACAAGCCAGACCAAUACUCUGUCUCUACCAGUGUUGUGUGUGAGAUCGGGCCAUGGCGUAGUCCUCCUGGAGAUGUGGCGCUCGUAGACACUAAGGGCUGUGUGGAAGUGGAGGUAGAGGGGCUCAAGAACAGAAAAUCAGAUGUUGUCUUCGAGUACAGGGACCCAGUUCCUGAGAGUGUCGAACCCACCAGAGGGCCCGCCGACGGGGGCACAGUCAUCACCAUCUCAGGACGUGACCUGGACACAGCUACUAAAGAUGACGUCAGCAUCACUGUGGGAACAGUGCCCUGUGAAGUGCUUGAAUUUGGUCCCAGGAUCACAUGUAAAACAGGUUCAAGUAAGAAUCCGUCUGGGCCGCUGAAGGUCACAGUGAAGUACGGCAGGAGCACCACUAAAGACAUGACAAACAGCACUUUCACCUACGAGUCCAACCCGACGGUCAUUAAGCACUACCCUAAAGAAAGCUUUAUGUGCGGAGGCCGGAUUAUCACAGUUGAAGGUGCAGGAUUUGACCUGGUUCAGAAAGCCGUCAUGCGAGUGCUGCCCUCUACUGACGAUUGCAUUCCCUCUACUGAUGACUGCAGGCCCAGCAAUGUUGAGUUUGUGCAGGAGGCUUUCUUUAAGAACAAAACAAUGCUAAGGUUCUACUCUCCUGCGGUGAAAAAGAUCAAUGAGAAUCAUUCCUUUAAGACCGUCCUGCACCUGGACAACACCAUCUCCAACCUCACUGAUUUCACGUACCACUCGGACCCCGAAUUCUUCAAUGUUACCAACAAGGCCAUCAACCCAGACGGCAUCAUCAUUGUCAAUGGUAAGGGUCUGUCAAAUGCCAUGACUGCUCCAGAGGCUCAGGCAUUUGUUGGAAACGAGCCAUGUAAUGUGACCAUCCUGCAAGCUGACAAGCUGAUUCUGGUGGCCCCGUCUCACCGCCCUAAAGCGCGCUCCAGACGCCAGCGCAGAGAGACCAGCUCAGAGGACAUGGAGCUGGUGAUUAAGUUUGGUCUUGGAGAAUGGCAUGUGGGUUUUGUUCACUAUGAGAAAAAGAAUGAGGUUCCUCUCUACAUGAUCAUUCCUGCUGUCAUCCUUCCCAUGGUGCUCUUCAUCGCUGUGUCUGUCUACUGCUACAGGAGGAAGAGUCAGCAGGCAGAGAGAGAAUAUGAAAAAGUGAAGCAGCAGCUGGAGAGUCUGGAGGAGAGUGUACGAGACCGCUGUAAAAAAGAGUUCACAGAUCUGAUGAUUGAGAUGGAAGACCACACCAGUGAUUUAAGCGAGGCUCGUAUUCCAUUCCUGGACUAUAAGAAUUACACAGACCGAGUCUUCUUCCUGCCUUCUAAAGACGGGGCCAACGACGUCAUGAUCACAGGAAAACUGGAUAUCCCUGAAAACCGCAGAGCCAUCGUGGAGCAGGCCCUCAACCAGUUCUCCAACCUGCUCAACAGCAAGACCUUCCUUAUCAAUUUUAUUCGCACUCUGGAGAGCCGGCAGGAGUUCAAUGCCAGGAAUAAGGUGUACUUUGCUUCACUGCUGACCGUGGCCCUGCACGGAAAGCUGGAGUACUACACAGACAUCAUGAGAACCCUGCUGCUGGAGCUGAUGGAAGAGUAUGUUCAGAGCAAGAACCCAAAACUGAUGCUGCGCAGGUCAGAGACAGUAGUGGAGAGGAUGCUGUGUAAUUGGAUGUCCAUUUGCCUCUACCAGUUCCUCAAGGACUCAGCUGGUGAGCCGCUCUACAAGCUUUUUAAAGCUAUAAAGCACCAGGUGGAAAAAGGGCCGGUGGAUGCUAAGAUGAAGAAGGCCAAGUACACUCUGAAUGACACAGGCCUGCUGGGGGAUGAUGUGGAGUACUCUGUCCUGACUCUGCAGGUGCUGGUCCAUGGCGAGGGUCCUGACGUGACUCCAGUGAAGGUACUGAACUGUGACACCAUCUCCCAGGUGAAGGAGAAAAUCAUUGAGCAGGUUUACAGGAACCUUCCCUACUCUCAGAGACCCAUCGUGGACAGUGUCGCUCUGGAGUGGCGUCCAGGCUCAACAGGGCAGAUUCUGUCCGACUUGGACCUGACAUCACAAAAGGAGGGCAGGUGGAAACGUCUCAACACUUUGGCACAUUACAACGUGAGAGACAACGCUACCCUAGUCCUGUCCAGAGUUCUGCACACUCAACAGUCUUUCGACCAGAACCAGGACAGCCAUGAAGAGAAAAGCGCUUUGCUGGAAGAUGAUAAAGUGUUCCAUCUGGUGCGGCCAGCAGAUGAGCUGGAUGAAGUGAAGUCCAAAAGAGGGAGCAUGAAGGACAAAGCCACCACUAAAGCAAUCACUGAGAUCUACCUGACCAGGCUGCUCUCCAUGAAGGGCACUCUGCAGCAGUUUGUGGAUGAUUUCUUCAGCAGCGUGUUGUGUUCAGGCACCACGGUUCCUCCAGCUGUGAAGUACUUCUUCGACUUCCUGGAUGAGCAAGCGCACAAACAUGACAAUGUGGAUGAAGAGACCAUCCACAUAUGGAAGACCAACAGUCUGCCUCUUCGGUUCUGGGUGAACAUCCUCAAGAACCCUCACUUCAUCUUUGAUGUCCAUGUGACUGAGGUAGUGGACGCAUCGCUUUCCGUCAUCGCCCAGACCUUCAUGGAUGCCUGCACCAAGACUGAGCACAAACUUUCCCGGGAGUCCCCAAGCAACAAGCUGCUUUACGCGAAGGAGAUAUCAACAUAUAAGAAAAUGGUUGACGAUUAUUACAAGGGCAUUCGCCAGAUGGUGUCGGUCAGUGACCAGGACAUGAACACAUACCUGGCUGAGAUCUCGCGGUCUCAUACAGACAAGUUGAACACGCAGGUCGCAUUGCACCAGCUCUAUCAGUAUGCCAGCAAGUACUACGAUGGAAUCAUCUCGUCGCUGGAGGACGAUCCUGCCGCUCAGAGUAAGCAGCUGACUCUCAGACUGCAGCAGAUUGCAGCAGCACUGGAGAAUAAAGUCACUGAUCUUUAGUGCGGAGCCUCAAAGGCCGACUGGAGCGCAUCACACUUCAGCCCAGGACAAAACAACCCUCAUCAGGACUCCAGAACUGAGCUAAAAGUCCUCUUCCUUCUCAGAGGAUUUGGAGACAGAGCCUUCAUUCCGAAUGAAAACAGAUCUUAUACCACAUUAUAACACAUUAUUAUCAAUAUCCUUUCAGCUUGUUUCUCUUCUUCUCUGUUCUGAAGAAUCAGCGCAGACUGAAUUAGCUGAAGGCUAAAAUGAUAAAACGAAAGGACUACAGAAGGCGAAGGCUCGACUCGUUACGGUACUUUGCGGAUCUUCGCUGGCCACGAUGAAAUUCAGCAUCCGUUUUGCAGCUCCCUUAAUAAUUAGAUGUUUAUUCUUCCUGUGUGAAUGGAAUCAGAUAGUAUUAUAUGUAUAUAUAUUUUUACACUAAAGAUUGCGUGCAAGAGCCUUCGUGCGCAGAAAAAAAGGAUUUAUUGUUGUUUCUGUUGACGGCCACUACAUUCACCUCUUUUUAAAGCACAUAUCUGUGGUACAAUGUCUGCUGCAUUCCUCCCUGUGCUAUGAGGUCACUUCCUGUGGGAUUCGCAUUGGCAUUGUCUUAUGUUUUAUCUUUGUAAGAAAUCAUGCCUGCAAAGAAAAUUCAUCUUGCUUUUAUGUUUCUUCUGGUUUUAAUGUUGAUUUCCAUAGGACCAUGUCUACUGUCCAAUGCUUAUUUCGCCGCUGCUUGUUUAUGUUAAUAGAAGAUACAUGCAAAUAAUUGCGGAUGCGCAUAAGACAAAGGUAAAUGGUACCACAAAGAAUGUUUUCAAGUUUUGCUUUUGAGACCCGUGGCUAGUGAUGAGUUAGCUUACCGAGUAAAUUAGCUUUCACCCAGUAAAUAGAGCAUAUAGGAAGUUGCUGUUGGGCUCUUCUGUCCACUGCAGAAAAAGGCAUUUUUUCCAACCAAGUGUCAACUCCUAGAACAUUCCAUACUUCUCACCACAGCGUCGUGUUAAAUAGUAUUCCUUAUUUUCCUCGCACACCUUUAAGUGUCUGAAGUGCUGAUUUUCAGCAGAUUUUUGUACGUUUUUUUAACAUCUGUGCUUUUUAUUCAUGUAUCGCAGCACGUGGCUUGCCUUACAGUUUUUUGGAACAUUAGUGAUUUUUCUAUAUUGGAACCACUGAUGUGAGACCUGGUGGGACUGCACUGCAAAAAAUCUCUUGACAAGUGAAAACAUCUUGAAUCUAGGUGAUACAGUGAGUAUUUCUCAUUCUGAGGAUGUUGUAAGAAUAUUUUAAGUUUAUUCAACUUCUUUUCAAAUAUUUUUAAUUGUUUUAUAGGGCCCAUAUCAUAUAUUAUUUUCAUCUGAGGUCCACUUAUAUUUGUGUAUCAUAAUGUAAAUGAUCUCUAUUUUGAUAGGUUGCUCUGUAUUGUACGUCAUUCAAUAGGUACGAGUUGCAAGAGUUGAAACACUAACUUCAGUUGGAGUGGGUGGAGCUGAACUGAAUAUGUGAAACUAUGUGAAUAUGUAAAUUAGCUGGUUCUCAUUACAUCACAGAAAAAAAAAAUCAAAAUGGGCUGUUUUUGCUGCUUAGUUUCCAUAUACAGACUGGGGUGUGAAUUUCAUGUUUUAAAGCUUUUGCAAUGUUUACAUAUUACAUCAAACUCUUCAUUAAAAGCAAGCAAGUAGUAUUAUCUAGUAAUAUUUUAUUACGUUAGGAGGUAACUUCGCUUGUUUUCAAGCAUUAUUUCUUAAAACAAGCAGAGAAUAUCUACCUUGUGUUCUGAAACAAGCUAAAUCGUCUGUCAGUAGUAUAAGACAAUUACACAAGAUAAAAUGACUUAAAAUAAGUAAAAAAAUGUACAGUUAAUUUGAAUAAUCUUAUCAUUAUUACAACAUUCUCAUAAUGAUAAAUAGUAGAUAUAUUCACUAGAGUUAGGAUUUUUUUACUUGCCAUGCUCAUUUUUGCAGUGUAGAGUGCGCAGUGUCAUCCUGAGCAUUAAGAGAAGACGUUGCACAUCUUGACCUUCGAUUGUGUCAGUGAAGUUUGAAUGUUAUUUUUCACCAUCUGCUCUUCUAGCCUUUCUAAGUGGCUGAUUACAGAUAGCUCUGAUUGCAAGGCACAACCGACUGUAAUUUGGAUGGAGAAAGAGGAAGACGCUGAUUAAACACAUAAAAGGACUCUUAAUUCAGUUGAACAAGGCCUUCCAUCGUGAAAACUGUGCGAUUCUCAGAACUGUCACUGUGGAGUUUUAUGUUGCUUUUAGAGCUUACCAAAGGUUAGAAAUGUCUUGAGCUGUUUUUUUCCCUAAAGUUGCUCCCUUUCUGAAUUUGCAUCGCACUCAAGAAAACCAUGAUUCAUGAUCAUGAUGUAAAUCAUAAAGACUGAGUAAACGUAGUUGGACUCAUUACUGACGAGCUGUAUUUUGUCAUUUUAAUUGAUGGUACUAUACAUAUGAUUCAGUGGUCUGACUCAGAUGUUCCAUCUACUACACAUAUCAAAAGACGUCCAUGCUGUGUAUUUUUAUUUUAUUUUAUAUUCUGAUUGUUUGUCACCAGACUCUCUCCCCCUCCCUCCAGUUCCAGAUGUUCUUUUCCUCUUUUCUGAGAAAGCAUCGGCAUAUUUUAAAGCUUCUGUUCUGCCUUUAUCUACCAGGAAGUGCCUUAAUGAAAAAUGAGUAAUAAUAAUAAGACCUGUGGUGAUUGUGGCUGUAAUCAAAAUUGCAAUAGUGACUAGAAUUUUGUACAAUAUACCAUUUUACGUAUGUGCCCGUUGUGAAAGUGCCACUAUGGUUAGCUUAAUGCUGGUAAAUAUGUUUUAAGACAGUGGAGAAAAAAAUGUAUUAAAAGUAUGUUCUUGGCUUUAA